AUGAUAGAUACUGGAGCUACUCAUUCGUUUCUUACGCAAAGUGCAUUGAGCACAUUAUAUCAUUCAGUAAUACCAUCAUGUGAUCGUAUAGCUCAAUUAGGUGAUGGUCAAAUCACGCUUAAAAUCGUAGGUGAAAUUCAAUUAUUAUUACAAUUUGAUAAAGUUUUUACACGUUUAAAUGUUCUCGUCGUCAAAACCAUGAAUACUGAUUUUAUACUUGGUAGUGAUUGGUGUACUAGCAAUGUAGCACGGAUCGAUUAUGAAAACAAUCAAGUGUCUAUACGCUCAUCAAAUGGCCGUACAUUUAUGCCAUAUCACAAAUGCAUUGAUUCUUUAACUCGAGAUGUCAAAUCAAUUAAUGUAAUUCAUAUACCGCCACGAGAAUCAUAUACAGUUCAAGCCAAAGUAGAAUUAUCAUCAGCCGAUACCGUCUACUUCUCGCCUGUUGAUGUUACCCAAUCUGAUAAAUCUAUUAUAAUGUCACCAUCGUUGUUACACAUAAAUAAUUAUACCACAUAUUUAGAAGUAUAUAAUCCUCAUGAUUAUGCCUGCACAUUACCAAUGAAUACUGUUCUAGGUCGAGUAACACACACACUGUAUCACGUACAUUCAUGCUUAUUAUUUGAUACACCUCGUCGAUCAUCGUCAUUAUCUUAUCAACAUCCUAUUAAUAAUGCAAUUGAAAUCGAACCAGCAUCUUCUACAACAUCCAAAACAAUUGAUCAAUUACUUGCUCAUAUUCAAAAUGUUCAGGAUAAACAACAGUUACGUUUUAUAUUACAACAACACAUAAAAAUUUUUGAUAUGUCAAAGGUUACACAAGCCAACACACAUAUACAACAUACUAUUAACACCGGUGAUAGUCUUCCGAUUAGCUCACGACCGUACCCGCGAACAAUCGAACAACGACGUGAACUUCAAGAUGAAAUUCAAAAGAUGCUGCAAACUAAUCAAAUUCGUCCAUCUAAUUCGCCGUGGUCAUCUCCAGUUAUUAUUUGCAAAAAGCAGGAUGGUAGUAUUCGAUUUUUAGUGGAUUAUCGUAAAUUAAACUCGGUAACCAAAAAAGAUUCUUUUCCGCAACCAACAACUGAAGAAUUAUUACAUCCAUUAGGUGGUCAUUGUUUUUAUACAAAAUUAGAUCUUAAAUCCGGUUAUUUUCAACUUCCCAUACACGAAACAGACAAAGAAAAACAGCAUUUAUAA